AUGUCGCCGCCCCCGCUCCCUCCUCUGCCGCCGCGGCCGAGCCGCCUGGCCCUCGACCCCAGUCCCGGCGCGUCCGCCUCCAAGCGCCGGCUCGUAUUCCUCCCGGGGACCACUCCCGCGCCGUCCAGCAACCGCCACCCUGGCGGCGGCGGCGGCGCCACCAUGGAGCACAUCAUGGAGGUCAUCGGCAGCAUUCGGAGCGUCGUCCGCGGCGAGACGGACGCGGGCGCGCGCACUCCCUUCAAGCGCCGCCUCGACGUCACCCCGUACACCUCCUCCACCCCGAAGAGCAGGCGCCGCCUCGCCGACUCCCCGUACACCUCCUCCACCCCGAAGAGCAGGCGCCGCCUCGCCGACUCCACGUACACCUCCUCCACCCCGAAGAGCAGGCGCCGCCUCGCCGACUCCCCGUACACCUCCUCCACCCAGAAGACCAGCCGCCGCCUCGCCGACUCCCCGUACACCUCCUCCAUCCCGAUGACCAGCCGCCGAGUCGACGCCCCCAAGAGCAGGCGACGGCUCGCCGACUCGUCCCCGUCGUACACCACCCCGCGCCGCCGCGCCGCGGAGCACCCGGUCGAGGUGAUCGGCCGCAUCCGCAACCUCACCGCCGACGCGUCUGCCCUAGAGGUCGGCGCGACGUCCGUGCGCGUGCGCGUGCCGUCCCACGACGCGGGCGGCGGCCGCUCGUCGUGCCACCGCGACUUCGCCCUCGACGGCGUGUCGGCGUCGGAGGAGGAGGGCCUGGAGGGGUUCUACGGCCGGUUCGUGCGGUCCAGGGUGGAGGGCGUGCGGGCAGGCGCCAAGUGCACGGUCAUGGUCUACGGCCCCACGGGGUCCGGGAAGAGCCACACCAUGUUCGGCUGCGCCGACCAGCCCGGCAUCGUCUUCCGGGCGCUCUGGGACGUACUGGGAGGAGGCGGCGGCAACGGCUGCGAGCCCGUCCGGGUGUCCGUCCUGGAGAUUUACAACGAGGAGGUCUAUGAUCUACUCGCCGGAACCGGGGGAGCGAAUGCCAAAGGACCCAAGCCCAAGGUGAGGCUAGAAGUAAUGGGAACCAAAGCCAGGAAUGCCACAUACAUUUCUGAAAAUGAAGCUGGGAAGAUAGCAAAAGAAGUCGUCAAAGUGGAGAAGCGACGUGCUGUGAAGAGCACACAUUGUAAUGCGAGGAGUUCCCGGAGCCACUGCAUGAUAAUUGUGGAUGUGCCGUCAGUGGGAGGAAGGCUCAUGCUUGUUGACAUGGCUGGCUCCGAGAACAUAGAAGCUGUAGGCCAAACUGGCCAUGAAGCCAAAUCUGAGACUGGAACUAUCAACCAAGCAAACACAUUGAAACGGGUGUUUGAGUCGAUUGCCAACGGCGACUCUCAUAUACCAUUUCGGGACAGCAAGCUCACAAUGCUGUUACGGGAUUCAUUUGAAGACAAGAGAUCAAAAAUCCUUAUGAUCCUGUGUGCAAGUCCUGACCCAAAGGAACUUCACAAGACGAUAUCCACCCUGGAGUACGGGGCUAGAGCGAAAUGCAUCACCCGGGCUGCUCACGCAUCAACACCAAGGGACAAGGUGAGCUCUAAAGAAGCCCAAAAUGUGAUACAGUUGAAAGAUGAGGAGCUAGCACGGCUGAGGACGAAGCUCAGUCUGGUGGAAGCACGGGAGGCAGCUGCGAAGGAGGAAGUGAUCAGAGUCGCCGAGGAGACUCGGUUCCUGUGGGGUGAGCUGAGGACAACGGAAGACAAGAUGCUUAUGCAGCAGCAAGAACUCCUUGCCACGAAGCAGCGGCUGCAAGAGGUCGAGCGUGAGAAGCUAUGCAUGGAUGAAUAG